AUGCCACCCUUCAACCAGAGCACUGCCCACCCAACUGUCUUCUUUCUCACUGGCAUUCCUGGUCUUGAGACCUCUCAAGCCUGGAUCUCCAUCCCUUUCUGCUGUCUAUAUGCCAUUGCCAUCUCUGGGAACAGCAUGAUCCUCUUUGUCAUCAUCACUGAGUCAAGCCUCCAUGAACCCAUGUACUAUUUUUUCAAUUUCUUGUCCAUGCUGUCCUUCACAGACCUUGGUUUGUGCCUUUCCACAUUGGUAACUGUGUUGGGUAUUUUCUGGUUCAAUGUUCGAGAAAUUAGCUUUGAUGCCUGCAUUGGCCAGAUGUUCUUUAUCCAUGGCUUUACAUUCAUGGAGUCUUCAGUCCUCCUGGUGAUGGCCUUUGACCGCUUCAUUGCCAUCUGUAACCCACUGAGGUAUGCUAUGAUCUUAACCAAUUCACGGAUCAUUGCGGUGGGUUUUGCAAUUGUAAUCAGGGGAACCACAGCUCUUGUUUCUUUACUCCUGCUCCUCAAGCGUCUAUCUUUUUGUCGUAAUCAUGUGCUCCAUCAUUCCUAUUGCUUCUAUACUGACGUGAUGAAGCUUUCAUGCUCAGACACCAAGGUCAACAGUGCCUUUGGCCUGACCUUUGUCAUCUGUUAUGCAGGCUUGGACUCUGUCUUGAUCCUUCUCUCUUACGUUCUGAUCAUCCGCUCUGUGCUCUGUAUUGCAUCCAAGGAGGAGCGGAAAAAGGCCUUUGGCACCUGUGUCUCCCAUCUCAGUGCUGUUGCCAUCUUCUACAUCCCUAUGAUCAGCUUGUCAUUGAUGCAUAGAUUUGCGAGGAAUGCUACUCCAUUUGUGCAUGCUCUAAUUGCCAAUGUUUAUCUGUUUAUCCCUCCUGUAAUGAAUCCCAUAAUCUAUAGUGUGAAGACCAAACAAUUUUGUAAGGCCAUGCUUAAAGUAUUCUUCAUUAAGUCAUCUUAA